CACUGCUCAGGGCUGAUUUCACCCAGCUCCUGCCUGCGUAAGAGAAACAUGGCGGAAGGCGAGUUGAACGUAGACAGCCUCAUCUCCCGGUUACUAGAAGUGCGAGGAUGUCGUCCAGGGAAGAUCGUCCAGAUGACGGAGGCUGAGGUGCGGGGGCUCUGCAUCAAGUCCAGAGAGAUCUUCCUCAGUCAGCCCAUCCUGCUAGAACUUGAGGCUCCGCUCAAAAUCUGUGGUGACAUUCACGGACAGUACACCGACUUGCUGAGGCUAUUCGAGUACGGCGGUUUCCCUCCGGAGGCCAACUAUCUGUUCCUGGGGGACUACGUGGACCGAGGGAAACAGUCGCUGGAGACCAUCUGCCUGCUGCUGGCCUACAAGAUCAAAUACCCAGAGAACUUCUUCUUGCUCAGGGGGAACCACGAGUGUGCUUCCAUCAAUCGCAUCUACGGCUUUUACGACGAGUGCAAACGCAGGUUCAACAUAAAGCUCUGGAAGACGUUCACAGACUGUUUUAAUUGCCUGCCCAUAGCUGCCAUUAUUGAUGAGAAGAUCUUCUGCUGCCAUGGAGGUCUCUCUCCUGAUCUGCAGUCCAUGGAACAGAUUCGACGCAUUAUGAGACCGACUGACGUCCCUGACACAGGCUUGCUGUGCGACCUGCUGUGGUCGGACCCAGACAAGGACGUGCAGGGAUGGGGGGAGAACGAUCGGGGAGUUUCCUUCACCUUCGGGGCCGACGUGGUCAGCAAGUUCCUCAACCGCCACGACCUGGAUCUCAUCUGCCGAGCACAUCAGGUCGUUGAAGAUGGCUACGAGUUCUUUGCCAAGCGGCAGCUGGUGACGCUGUUCUCCGCCCCCAACUACUGUGGGGAGUUUGACAACGCAGGGGGGAUGAUGAGUGUGGACGAGUCUCUGAUGUGCUCCUUUCAGAUUCUGAAGCCGUCAGAAAAAAAGGCCAAGUACCAGUAUGGAGGGGUGAAUGCGGGACGCCCUGUCACCCCCCCACGCACCGCUCAGGCACCUAAGAAGAGGUGAACGUCUGGCCCCCCCUCCCCUCCCCUCCCCCCUGACUCUCCUGCUCCUCCCCUGGCUGGUCUCUGGCCCGAGUCCCUGCAGGCUGCCUCAAACCCUCCAGCCUUCUCUCAGUAAGCUCGUUCGUGUGUAAACAGAAACUCCAGGAGUGUUUGCUGUUGCUCGUUCUGUGGGUAGUUUUAUGAACACGAGUGGUAUUUCCUUUACUCAAGUUUUUCUCAAUGCCAUGGUGUGUAUUCACUCAGUCUUCGUUUCCACUGCUCAGUCCAUUCAGCAACAUUUAAAACUAACCCUUUGUGGAAAGGACGCUUCUCCGCCUCCAUGAACAACUUCCAUUGUGAUUUUGUGAACGCAUGCACGCCUGUGACACUGAGACUGGUUCUUUGCCCUGGUUGAUAACUUCCUGUUCCACCUCGACUUGCCUAAUGUGCAUGUAAUUCACCUGAUUACUGCCAUUGCCCUUGUUUAAAUGGAGCUGAAAGCAUAGAGGGAAUCGUUUGACAUAGUAGAAUAAGUUUAUAUCUUUACGACUGAAGAAUGUAAGGCUUCUUAAAAUCCGGAGAUUUUCACCAGAAAUUUAGCCAAAUGCAAGAAGAAACAUUUGUGAGCCUGUUUGAACUGUUCUUUUAUGAGGGCAUUCAUAAACAAUAGAUAAGCUGCAUUACUUUAGUGUUAAACUUGCAUCCUUCACAACACUAAGCCAGCAUUUGUGGUUGUUGAAAAGGAGAAUUUCCAUUGUUGAUGUUAAGUAAAGAAAAAGGCAGAUGCAAUAGCAUUAAAUGUUCCUUUUUUUGUUCUGAUGUAAAUUCUGUGUGUGUGGAAAUGUGAGAACAAGACAUAGCUGAGCACCUUGAGUUGAUGUUCUUUAUCUUGCUUAGAUCAUUAGGUAUGUAGAAACCAUAGACUUUAUAUAAAGAUGGAAGACAUGUCUCCACCUCCUCCCGUUAUACAAAAAUGAAGCUAAAAUAUCUUGGAUACAGGUGAUGCCAUCUUGCACUUGUGACGUCAUGUGGAGCCAGAGUCUGUGCAGCAGUGAUCAGGGAGCUGUGGUAUCGAGGGCCCCCCCGAUUCACCAGCUGGACGAAUCACACGUCUCAGCUGUCAAAUCAGGACGUUGAACAUAGAUCAGUGUGAUAAAAUGACAGAAACCAGCUUUUGGGAAGAAAAAUAUUGAAUUUUUGACUUUUUAAUUUGGUCCACAUUCCAUAUGCUAACAUAGAAAAAGCAGAGUUAAUGUCCUGUACGCCAGUGAGCCACCAGGGGGCAGUCAAGAUUAUUUGGCUUCACUUUUGUAGAGCUGUAUAUAAGAUGUCGUCCAUCUUUAUAUAAAGUAUAUGGUAGAAACUUAGCCAUGGAUACGUGAAUGCAAGAGACGAACGUGUACAAAGAAAAGUGAAGAACUAUUAAAAAAAAAUACAAGACAAACCAUCUUACAUUGAACACUUCAUUGCAUGACAUUACACAACGUUGUAAAGGGGUCAACACAAUGUUUUUUGUUGUCGGCAUUAUGCUAGUGAUGUUACACUGUUUCCACCUAGUGGUUAUUGAAUGAAGUACAGUGAAUCAUUUCCAACUCACUGAUAAACAUUUGACUUGUGUAUUUUUAUUUAAUAUAGUAUAAUCUUGCCUUUUGCCUUGUACAGCGAUCGGUCCUCGAGUUGAAAACAGUUAUAGUGUUUUGAGAUUUGUACGACUUUGUUUCAAAUGAGUGAAAUAAAUGGAAGUGCUGUUGA